UUCACCCAAUCAGAGACCGCUACGAACCAACUGUUGUAUUGCUGCGUUCUCAGCCAAUCAGCGCCGCCCUUCAAUAUAACUCUGCCCAAUGACAGUCCUCGAUGUUCACACGUCCAGAACCAAGGAAGUGGAUGAUGUGUAUUUUGUACACAAACUGUAAUGACGACGCCGACAACAAGCGACCCUCCUCGCCUCCUCGUUGAUUCAGCCUGCUAAGCCGUCAUGCUGUCCGUGUUCUCGCUCCUGUCAGCCGGCCUGCUGCUCUCCUAGCUGCGGGUGGAUAGAGAUCUACAUGGGGACCCGGAUCCCCAGAGGAUGGAGGCUCUAACCGGGCGUCGUCAUGGCUGCGGCGCCGGUGUGUCGUUACACCACUGGCCGGUUCCUCGGAGGAUGGGGCCCGCUGCUGUGUGUGCUGCUCGGCUCUCUCGUGGCCGUCCUGCUGCCUCUGGUCGGGCUGGAGGAGGACCGGUGCUGCGCCAGCCUGAAGGGCUUCGCUCAGCUCCGCUGCCAGCUGUGGGGGGGCUCCCAGCAGCCUCCAGCUGUUCAGUCCACCAGCCUCACGGUCCCGUUCACCGCCCUGGAUGUGCUGCCUCUCAGGUCCAAGCCCAGCAAAGAGAUGGUGCUGGAGGCCAAAGCAGCUCUGCAGCUGGCUCUGGAGAUGAGGAAACUGGGGAAGAGGGAGAAGGCUCACAAGCUGCUGGUACAUGCACUCAGCAUGAAUCCAGACUUUGUGGAUGCCCUAACGGAGCUGGGGACCAUUCUGGAGGAGGAGAAGGAUGUCGUCCAGGCAGACCACCUCUAUUGCAAGGCCUUGACCAUAUCGCCGUGUAAUGAGAGAGCUCUGGUUAGCCGGGACCGAACUCUUCCCCUGGUGGAAGAGAUUGACCAGCGUUACUUCAGCAUCAUUGACAGUAAAGUGCGCCGGCUCAUGUCCAUCCCUAAAGGCAACUCUGCACUCCGCCGGGUGAUGGAGGAAACCUACUACCACCACAUCUACCACACGGUGGCCAUUGAAGGCAGCACACUCACCCUGUCUGAGAUCCGUCACAUCAUUGAGACGCGUUACGCCGUCGCUGGGAAAAGCCUGCAGGAGCAGAACGAGGCCAUCGGCGUGGAUGCGGCCAUGAAGUACAUCAACACCACGCUGUUGUCCAGGACGGGAACCAUGACUGUCAGUGACAUCCUGGAGAUUCACCGGCGGGUGCUCGGCUACGUGGACCCCGUGGAGGGCGGGAGGCUGCGCACCAGCCAGGUGUUUGUUGGCCACCACAUCCCCCCGCACCCUCAGGACCUGCAGAGACACAUGCAGGAGCUGGUUCAGUGGCUCAACUCUGAGGAGGCCCUGCAGUUGCACCCUGUGGAGUACGCCGCUCUCGCCCACUACAAACUUGUGUACGUGCACCCAUUUGUGGACGGUAACGGACGCACAUCACGGCUGCUCAUGAACCUGGGGCUCAUGCAAGCGCGAUACCCGCCGAUCACCAUUCGCAAAGAACAAAGGGCUGAGUAUUAUGGAGCUCUAGACACGGCCAACGAGGGCGACGUACGGCCCUUCAUUCGCUUCAUAGCCAGAUGUACAGAGAUGACAUUGGACACAUUGUUGAUUUCUACAACAGAGCACGCCGUGGGGCUGCCGGGAGCCAGCCAGGACCACGCCUGCCUCGACUGCAAACAGACCAUCCCGAUUCAUAACUGAGUUGGAGACGGGAGGAGAAUCUAAAAGCUCUCAAAUAACAAUCCAUCAUAUAAUGUGUUGAAUUGCCUCAUCCCACCUCAUAGCCCCCCAUGCUUCAGUUUGGGUCCUAGAAUGGCUGCAUUCAUUGAAACUGGUGCAGGAUGUUGAAUUGAAAUCAGAUUUUGGUGUUUAGGUUUUUCUUUCAAUGAAAAGAAACCCAUUUCUCACUUUUAGUUUGUAACCAUAUCCCCAUAGGAGUGUUAAUUAAUUUCUAUUACCAUCAGAAUACAAUCAGAAGAUUGACUACUGAUGAUGUGAGGAGGAAAGAAAUCUUUCUCAUCAUGUCAUUUGACUUGAGAUGCUUUAGUGCGGCGGAUGUUUAGCGCGUGUGGGAACAUUUAGUUAAUUAACUUUGGGAUAAAGGUGAUGUCUCAUUACACUGUAAAGCACUUUCGUGUAUUUGAUUAUUUAUUUUAGUUUUAAAAUAAAAGUGUUCUAUUUACUUUCAUUAGCUUAGUUUUAGAAUGAACAAAGCGUUGAGUGUCAUACUGGGAUCUUUACAUGACUUUAUUAAAACAAGUUUUAGACCA